AUGGAAAAUUUGCUUGAUUUUGAAGAUUGGCAAUUAUCGAAACUUAGUCAAUUUUUGGCUGUAACAAAUAAUCGUGAUAAGGAAGCAGCUUUAUCAUUAUUGAAAUCCUUAAACUGGAAUAUGGAAAAAGCUAUCGAGGUACAUUUAUUGGACAAUAAAGGAAAUUUGUCAACAUCAUCAUCAGGAUCUGAUUUUGUUGUUAUUGAUCAAAAUAGUUUAUCGAAUAGAGAACAUAAUGAAGACUUGAUGGAUUCAUCUGCAAUAAUUUAUGAUACGGAUUGGAAAACAGCUGUAACUUCAUCUCCUGAUGAUACAAUGCAGAAUUCUAUAUUAUCUUUACCUGAUGAUACAAGUGAAUCAGAUGACUCAUGUGAAGUAAUCAGUGUUAAUGAUGGUAUUAAUGCAAUGAGCUAUGCAAAUAUCAAAGAGAAUAUCGAUGAUAAUGAACAUUGUGAUUCAAAAAUUAAUUUUAUUCUUGGCAAUUCAUCGAUCAUGAUCGAUUACAUGCAGCAAAAAAGUGAUGAUCAUUGA